AUGGAAUGGCCUGAAGAGCUAUCUAGUGCGGGUAUUACGCCAUCAGUGCUAGUGUUCUUCGUCGCAUUCAUCGUAAUUUUACUUUAUUUGUUCUUUUUCCAACAAUAUCUCACCGCAUUAUUUUAUAAAGGAUUUUUAAAACUUAUUUUGCCAAAAUCCCUCACAAUUCAUUUCGAAAGAUUCUCAUUUUCGAUGUUUACAGGCCAAUUUACAUUGCAUAGAGUUCAAAUCAUUAACCAAGACAUGAAAAUAAAUAUCGGUAGGGUAAGAGCUACAUUAUUUUACUGGAGACCGAUUCCGACAUACGUAGAUGAUGAAGGAAAAUCCUAUAAAGUACGUUUUCAUGCAAUGUUAAAUGCCGUUGAGAUUACAAUUUAUAAUCGCCAAUGGUCAACGGAAAUGGUCGAAAAAAUUAACGAAAAAAUCAAUGGUGGAGCAACAGCAGAAGAUAUUACUAAUUUUUUACGCGAACAAUACCCAGCUCCCGUCCCAUAUCCUUUAGCUUUAAUUUACAGAGCCAUUUUACCAUUUUCCUUCGAAGUUAAAGCAUUUUCUUUCACAGUAGGCAAUAAUACACUCCCAUCUUUUGUAGUUGCCCAAGCCCAAUCAUUAAAUGGAAAAUUUUCAAUUAUUACUCGCGAAAAUCCUCAAUCUCACAUUAAAUCUCGUCUCGAAAUGCAAUUAAACAAUUUCAAAUUCCUAGUUCUUCCACAUCCUAUCGAAUAUCCUCCAAUUUUUGCAACAUCAAUGCGAGAUAUCAAUGAGCGAUCACAAAAGAUACGAAAUGUCAUAGUCUCAGAAACUGUAAAUGUUUCUAUACAAAAUGACCUCCCAGGAUGUUACGUUAUGUAUGAUGAUCAUCGAGAAUUGGGAUUAGUCACUCAAGAUCCAAGACAAAUCAUCGACGUACAAUUUGUAGGUAAUACAACGUUAGAAUAUGGUCCGUAUACAGAUAAACUAAGAGUUUCGUUUAUGAAAUUCUUUUUACCAUUUUAUUUCAACAAUCCUGUCAUUUAUCAGGCCAGUGAUGGUCGUAUCAAGAACAUGGAAGUCAAUAUUACCUUCGUUGAUGGUUUUACCUUUACUAUUCCUUUCGUUACUCAAAUUUUAUCUCAUGACUCGUUAAUUGUCGCAGGAAGUGAAGGAUCGACAAUCAAUGUCCUUAGUUCUCAAUUCCCGACCACAAUAGAUGAAUGUAAAAUGACUGUUUCCGCUGAAAUUAAACAACCAAUAAUUUCGACUUCUUAUGGAGUCGAACAGAUAAUUACAGCCGACCAAUUAAACGUAGAAAUGGGCAAUUUCUAUAAAGAGCAUUGGUAUGACGUAACACAAACCUCUGUUUAUUGUAAAUUUGAUAAUUCUCACAUACUUUUGCAUCCUUAUCACAUUGACUUCUUUACAGCACUUGGAACUGAUUGGGCAUCAUGGUAUCCGUUCCAAACUGUUCCAGAUACCGCUUCCAACUUUUUCCCAUGGAAUUAUUACGUUGUUGUCGAUAUGGCGCCUGUUACAGCAGUUCUAUUGAUGGAAAAGACACCAGCGUACUCACAGGUUCACUCUCCAAACGAGCACAGCCGUUUAGAAAUCAAAUUAAACAAUUUGGUUUUCAGAUUAACUGCACCAUUCACUGAAUAUCAAGCAGAGAAGAAAGGAGUGACAUUUACAGUCGAUCUGAUGCAAGGCGGUGCUGAAUUUGUCCGACCAGGCAACCAUUUAUUAAAAAUUCGCAGAGGAACAGACAUAAACAACUAUCUAACCUUCGAAAGAUUGUUCCUUAAAGGCGAAUAUCGAUGGUCCUCCAUUCCAGGAGGCGAUGCAAGUUUCCCAUUAACUAUCCAAAUUUACAAAGCGACGGGAUUAUCAGAUUUCUCGUUUAUUUUCUCCAUAUUAGAUGUUAUUCAGAAUUACACUGUAAACAAGCGUCGCGUUCCAGAAGAACUCCAAGAACUUCUCGAUAAAAACAGACCGACCGUAACUCCUUACAAAUUCCACAUUUCCGUUGUUUUGUCAAUCGACAAAGGCACUCUAAAAGUUCCUUACCAGAUGUACGAUACACACAACUGCGCCGUAGGCACUCUCAACAAACUUCUUUUAACAGUUGAGAGCUGUUUCCCUUAUUGGCAAGUUUUGAUGAACAUUGAUUCUGUUGUUGCAAACUUACCGCCAACGGAUAUACCAUAUGAAGUGUUCUAUAAAGAGCAGAUCGGUGAUAAAGAGAUGAAAGACGCUGUUGGAUUAGUACAUAUGGAUGGAAUGGCCGUUGAAAUGCGCGCGAUUUCGGAAAAACCUGGUUUGACAACUUCAUCUGACAUAGCGGUUUUUAUCGGCAAAAUUGCAGGAUUUGCAUUGUUACCACAUAUUUUACAUGGAUUAGAAGUAACUACAUCAUUUAUAUAUCAUUGGUUUUCAGAGGAUUCCAAAGAUAGGGAGAGUCUCGAUCAAUGGUAUUUCUACAUGUUGAGAAACAUAAGAGUUUGCAUGCAAGAUGUAACUUUGUAUGUUGAUAUGGGUCAACUUGGAAUUUUAAGUGCACAAUUACCAAGUGGCGUUUGUGUGUUUUUGGAUAAUUUAAUUGAUGAUAAAUACCAUACACACAUGUACGCGAUUCUCCCUUCAAUAGAUGUUAUCCAUUUGAUACAGGAAUACGACAAUGGUCCUUUGAUUCCUUGUUUCAGAACAACUUUGUAUUUGAAUGUAAAUAGAAACGGUUAUUUCUCAGGAAACAAGGAAGAUAAAGAGAGACAAGCGGAAUUACUGAGACAGUUCGAUAAGAACUUAAAGAGAUAUCCUUUCUUAUGGAAUGAAAUCCCUGAUUUGCCUGAAAAUUUCUUAGUUAAUCCAGAAAUUUUCGAUCAAAACGCUUUCAACGCGGAUUUGAAAGAAGAAAUCGAUCUUUCACAGGAAUUGGCAAGUAAUCCAUUCGAAAAUGGUGAAUACACAUUGGAAAUUCCUGUCAUUAACUAUAACACCAAGAAAUUGUUCUGUACUCCUGAAAGACUCGCAAUGUGGUGUCAUCAUUUCAGAGUUGUCAGAUUUUAUACUCACAGAUUUGACAAAAUUUUGACACGAGAUUUAGGGACAGAAAUUUUGGACCCACAUUUAAUGACAGAAGAAAACAGAGUUAAAUUCUCGAAGAUUAAUAUGGACAUGUAUUUCUGUAUUCCUCAUAAUUUGAUUGUUAAUAUUACUCCUGUUUCUAUUCCUUUGUUUGCAGCAUUGAUAGAAAUGAUGAAUUACAAAUCAAAUUCAAUGCUACUUGACGCGUACACGAGAUCAAUGAUAUCGGCAUUCACAAGAUUGGAAUUCCACAGAAGAGAAGUCAUUGGUUUAUUCAUGCCAAAAAUAACCGUUAAUUUAUUGGAUGAAAAUUAUGUGUUAACGGUUUUAGUUGAUGAAAUCAAGCUUUAUCUUGAUAAUUAUCACGAACAGCAUUACAAGAAGUUAUCAUUGGUUAUCAAUGAAGUGUCCGUGAACUGCUACGAUCUCGAGAAAGAACAAAGUGAACCAGAUAUCGCUUUGAAAGUUCCUCAAAUUUUGGUCGCAACAAGUGACGAUAAAAGUAAAAUUUCUGUUGGUCACGUCACAUUGGAUUUACAGCCAACAUCGCCUAAACUCAUCAGUACAAUGGGCAAAUCACUUAAAGUAGAAUUAAGUGGACUUCCGAAACCGAUUUUCGGUCAAAGAAUGGAUGAUUUCUUCGAAUUAAUCAAAACAUCAAAUGAAUAUCAAUCAGAAAAGAAACGAUUGAGAGAAUUCCAAUUCCAAAGUGAUAUGCAGUUCAUGAAUCCCGACUACAAUGCAGAUAUAACUGCAAUGUACACAGCAGCUGCAGCAAUGGAUUUAAUGAACUUCAAUAUUCAUUUCAAGAACGUUUCAAGUAAAGAAGAAACAUCCGAAAUAAAUGAUGAAAUAUCCAAGAAAUUCAAUAUAAGUUUGCCACCUUUGACAGUUAUUUUCUCUGAUCCAAUGGGAGAAUCCGUUCUAAAAAUCAAUCCUUACCCAAUUUCCAUUGAUUCCAAAGGAAAAACACUUGCUUUAACUUCAGGAAUUCGAUCAUUAAGUUUGAGAACAGGACCUCCAAUUCUCAAAUUCAUUGAAGCAAUUAAAGCUGUGAAUGAAGACAACCAGUUCGAUACAGUUAUUGAAGAUAUCGAUGAAGAAUCCCAGAAAGAAGAGAAACAAUCUGGAAGAACGAAAAUUUAUGCUCAUAUCGUUGUAAACAACAUAAAUCUUCAAUUCCAGGAGAUUUCUCUUACAUUACAAAAAGCUGCUGUUGCUUUAACUCAUAAUCCUUAUUUGAUGCAAGCAACACAAUUCUCUUUCACAGGAUCAAUCAAUGAUUUGUGUUUGAGAAUCAGUGACAUGUUCGUUGCCAAUUUCAAGUCAUUCAGUCUUUGCCAGAGAAGCGAAUCAUUGGAAGGAGCAUUGAGAAUUGGUCCUAUUGACAUUGAUUUCCCUGUAACUUUCGUGUUGAAUUUAGUUCCAAACUUGGAAAAGAGUUUGGGCUUCAAUUUAAACGAAAACAAAGCUUUACUUAUGCCAAGGAAAAGAUCAAGUAUCAAAAGAGAUUCAUUCAAAGUCGAAGAUGUUCUUGAUAACGAAGAAAAAGAAAAUGAUAAUAAUUUACUCAAGGAAAUCUUAGAUGCUUUGAAUGUAACUGUUUUGAUUGAACCAAUAACAUUGACAUGCAUUUUGGAUCAAGAUGUCAAUUUUGUUUUCCAAUUACCAGCAAUUUCUGGUUUGGCUUCCAACGAAGAAAACGCUUUGACUUUCUUCACUUUUAUCCACGAGCCAAUCAUUUCUGUUUCCAAUAUCUUUUCUGUACAAAUUGCUCCUCUUUUGUUGCAUGGAAGUUUCAAUGUACAAGACUUACAACUUCUUAUUUUCCUCAUGUUAGGACAAAUAAACAUUGUUGGAAAUGGCGAAAGUUUGAGUUCUUUGCUGAUUUUGGUCAACUCAAUAUUAGGAAGGAUGGAGAAGAAAGUCAUCAAGGAAAUAAAGAAGAAGAAAGAGCAGACAAUACCUCUAAGAGAAACAAAGAAAUCCACGCAAUCAAAGAAGUUAAAUGUCAAUUUCCAGUUUUUGAUGCCUCAAAUUUCUGUUUCUUUCCCAGAAAUCUCGAUGAUUGUCGGUUUAGAAGCUUUGUUUGUCAAUCUUGAAUUAGCCAAAGCUCUAUCAUUCGAGGCACAAAUACAAGGUUUCUUUGUCCAGUUGUUCGAGGCAACUUUGACAAUGGAAUUUUAUGCUUCUUUCAUGAAUAAUAUUCUGAAGUUUACAAUGUCAGAUCCAACCGCCAAUUUCUCACAAAUUUUCUUUGCCAACAUAAACAAACUUGUUGAGUUUGGCAAAGCGAUACAGCAUAGAGUCAAACGCCAGAAGAAGGUCAAGAAACUGUUCAAAGAUCUCAACAAAACAAUUGCAAAAGCAGCAGAUCAAGGAGCAGGAAUUCUUCUUAAUUCCAUGGGAUUCGAGUUCAAAGAAAAAGAGGAAGACGCGUUAGCAUUCCCAGAUUUGAUUGAUCUCCAGUUAUUCUUUGAAAUAAGGAAUACAUCUGUAUCAAUUUCCCUUCAAAAAUCUGGAGAAUGUCACCUCCAAAUUCCAAUUGUUUCUCUUUGUGUUCAAACAAGAAUUUCAGAACAACACAAGAAAACAGCUUAUGCUGCUGUUUUCUGCAUCAAAGAGACAACGUUAGUUUUGGAUUCUGCUGAGUCAACAUCCACAACAACAGGAGCUUCUUCUGAUGCUUUCGAAGGCACAAUGAGAUCGAACAAUGAUGACAACAACAAUUUGUCAUUGAUUUCUUUGAAACAAGUUGAUCUCAAUUUGAUUUCCUUCCAAAACAAAGUCUCUUUAGAGGCUUCCAUCGCAGGAUUGAAGAUUAAACUCUUCCCAACAUUCCCAAGCGCUAUUGUUCGAAUCAUAGAAGUUGUUGAUCUCUCAGGAAUAACUCCAACAUCUUCAUCUCAAGCAACAACUGAAUCAGAGUUCGAAGAAGAGGAAGAUGACAAUGAAACACAAAUUGUCACUCAAAAUGAAGAAGAAAAGAAGAUUGAUAACUUAGAAAUUGAUACAACAUUUAGAUGUCUUGAUACUGAAUUAGUUUUGUAUCCAAUCGCUAAUUCUGUUCCUGUUCCAAAGAUCAUUCUUAAACUAUUACUCAAAGAGAAACAUGCUUAUGUCGUUGUCAACAUUCCUAAUGACGUAAAAGCAACUUUCUCACCUCUUUUGAUCGAUUGGAUCAUGAAAUUACUCAAAACUCUCAAGACAACACCGAAACAAAAUAUUUCCCAAAGCCCGCAAUUAUCAACACCGAGAUCUUCACAAAGUACACCGAAAAGAUUGCAAGCAACACCUCCAAGCAAAAGAAGAAGCAAUCCGGCAACCAAAGCUCAAUCUUCUUCGCAAACUUUGUUGAUGGUCAAAGAUCAAAUCGAACAGAAAAUUAAAAUCGACUUGAUCGUAAACACGAAGUUGUUUGAGAUCUGUUUGUCAUGCAAACCAAGGAGAUCUGAUGUUUCCGCUGUUGUUGGCUUUAAUUCUUUGCAGAUCAUGCAUUCUUCAACGACAAAUGCAACGAAUGCUUCUUUGAUCAACAUUUAUUUGAGGACACAUAAUAUUUACACUCCAACAAAUUCUUAUGCAAGAACAGCAAGAUUGUUUGAGUUAAAUAUUCCAAGAAUCGAUGCCUCUUUGUUGACAAACGAUUUACCAAUCGCCAUCAGCAAAAUAGAAGUAUCUAUCUCAUCAGACAAAAUCGAAGAAAUCUCUUUGUUCAAUGAUGUUUGGGUCCAGCCAUUAUUGAAAGUUUUCCAGUCAGAUGAAACAGAAGAAACAACAGUUAAAGCUCCGAAACCAGACAUUCCUCAAGAAAUUACAACGAAUAAUGACACUAACCCAAUCAAAUUGAAACUUAUGUUGAACUCCUUCGAUUUGUAUUUCAACUACACAAGUGGUGCGGGCAAUUUGUUGUUGAAAUUAUAUCCAAUCAGAGCCGAACUUUCCAAACAAUUUAUUUUCCUUUCUGUCAAUUCUAUUUCAUUGAAUUCAUUCGGAAGAUUGACAAGCGAAAUCGAAUUGUCAGAUAUCUAUUUCCAGCGCGAAACACCUAACAAGAAGAACUCGAAAUUGUUGUUCAUGUUAAAGAAGAUUUCUGUUGACAUGCGAUCAAUGGAAGAUCAGUUCUUAACAUUGUCUGUUGGCAGAAUUAAUUUGAUUACACGAAGUUCUGUUAAAAAAUCCGGUCCUUAUUCUAUUUUGUUGGCAUCUUUGGAUUCACCAGUUCUAUCCGCGACUGCACAAACAGUUCCAAAUCUUUUGUCUUUCUAUCACACAGUUGCUGAUCCUAUCAUGAUUGGUGUACAACGAGCAAAUAGAACAACAGUUUCUUCAACAAAACCAAAGACAGUUACCAACCAAAUUGUCAAAUCUGUUCAUCCUCCAAACAGCAGAUUGGUUUUUGUUACAUCAGGUGCCAAAGUUGAACUUUUCAGAUACUACUUCAAAGACUCAGAAGCUAUCCGAUUAACAGUUGCUGGCGUUAAUUUGAGUCUUGCAAUUUCUACCGAUGAAAUGGAAAGAAUUGCAAGAAAUAUGAAUUUCGCUUUCAAGCCAAUCGUUUUGGGCAAAUUGAUCAUGAAUACUUCCAAACCAACAUUGCGAGAGAUCCUUAAAUUACCAGAGAUCACAGGUGAUUUGGAUACAGUUCAAAUUGGAGUCAAUGGAACAACAAUUCAUUACGAUUUCGUCACUAAUUUCGAUGGUUUAAUUGAACCAACUUUGACAUUGACUGAUUACGAGUUCCUUGUUGAUUUGUUGAAGUAUGCAUCCAAGCAGUUGAAUAUGGAUUCAUUGGCAUCAUCAAGUUCUAGUCCUAAAGAAGAACCAAAGAAGAAAAUCCAAUACACUUUUGUUCCUAAUAAAUACAGUUUCAAUCCAGGUUUCAAAGUCGGAAUUGGUGCUUCUCUUAAACCAAAUGUUCAAUGGCUUCUUACUCAACUUGGUAUCUCUGAUGAACAUAUUAUUCCUGCUUCCUUGUUUGAAGCUGUUUCACUUGGCUUGGAGAAAUUACUUAUUUCAGUAACUGACUAA